AAAAACAGAAAGAAAAUUCAGCAACAGACAUUGUAGUAGCGUGGCCUGCAAGUACAAAUGGGUGAAGUUCAAAGUUCCGUUCUCCCCCGCAGGAAAAACCGAAAAAAGAAAUAAACAAACAAACAAACAAAAAAGUAAGGAUGAUGCGAUGGUGCUUGUACUCGUGCAUCGGUAGUGGGCUUUAAUGUUCCUGGUUUUGCACCGAUUUCGAUAAAUCAGUUGCCGGCUUACAGUAUGUGGCCGCAUGGACUACCGUCAGAUGGAGCAUUCACAGCUACAUGAUGUAGCAACAUAGGGGAACUCAAGACGAGAAGCAAUGGACAUGUGCACAUACCGGCCUCCCCUCAUCCGUGCCCUGUCUGGUGGCAAACUGGUGGACUGUCCCCUGUGCAAGACACACACUGAUGAUGAGAUAAAAGAGGAAGGCAGAACUGAACUGGCACACACUUCUCUAACUAAUGGGCGUAAGAGAAGUGUGGCUGAUUUGACCUCCCAGGGCUAUCCGCACAUAGUCUGUUUCUCACGUGCAUCUGCAAAAAAGACUACGGUUGAACAGGUACUGCCAGCAUUCCAGCCGAGGCAGGUGUCACGCAAGUGCCACAGUCUUCCAAGAAAUUAUAAACCAAGGCUACAUGAAUGCAAGCAGUCUUCUGGAGAAAGUCAGUGCCAACAGGAGAAGAUUUCUCAAGCGAUCGGUCCGGCUGAUUUCAAGACUCGACUUGAUCUAAUGAAGGAGUGGUUUAGUGACUUCACAGAUGAACAGAAGAACACCGUUAUCAAGGCCCUACUGCUGCAGUGUGGGCGGCCACAGAACCACCUGCUCUCUGUGCUCCUGCAACCCAUUCUGCACGAGCACUGCCCGACCAAUUGCCAGGAUUGGGUGAGCACCCUUCCACCGGGGCCUCGACUGCGCAUUUUUUCCCACCUGGACCCCACUUCACUGGGACGAUGUGCUGCCGUCUGCCGUGCCUGGUGCGACCUCGUCUGUGAUCCGUACUUGUGGCAGCGUCUGUGUGCUCGACCACAAUGGAGAUUAUCGCCUGCGGCUGAGAAAAAGCAGCUGCAGAUGGCACGGCAGUGCGAUGGAUGCGUGGACUGGAAAGACGUGUUUCGGCAACGCUAUCGUCUGAGGAGGAAUUGGCUGAGAGGAAGCUGCCACGUCCGCACUUUUCAUGGGCACACACAGGCAGUGUUUUGUGUCCAGUUUGAUGAGACACGGAUAGUGAGCGGGUCGUCCGACAAGACCAUCAAGGUGUGGAACAUGCGCACCAACAGUCCGUGGUCUGUGAUGACCCUUGUGGGACACUCAGGUACAGUGCGGUGCCUUCACCUCAAUGGGAACCGUCUAGUAUCAGGCUCAAGUGACUGUACGAUCAAGGUGUGGGACCUAAGUACAGAACAGUCGUGGUCCAGCAUAGCCUGUAAGGUCACUAUGGUUGGACACGGCAACACAGUGCGAUGUCUCCAGUCUGACAACCACAAGGUGGUUAGCGGUUCCUAUGACCACACACUCAAGGUUUGGGACAUGAAAACAGGACAGUGCCUCCAAACUCUGGUAGGGCAUGAAGGAGCUGUUCUCUGCCUGCAAUUUGACACUGACCGGCUUGUGUCUGGUUCGUGCGAUCGCUCCAUCAGGGUUUGGCAUCUUGCAAGUGGGCAGCACCUUGCUACACUCCAGGGUCACCAGGAUGCAGUUACCUGUCUCCAAUUUGACACCACAAAGAUUGUCAGUGGAUCAUUGGACCGUACCAUCAAGCUGUGGAGCUUAGAGAGCGGUCACUGCCUCCGGACCCUGGACUGGAUGAAAUCUGAAGGCCACACUGGUGUCAUCCGUUGCCUGCGUGCGGACCGCUGGCGGAUCGUAAGCGGAGGCGAUGACAGAACCCUCAAAGUUUGGAGUCUGGACACGGGCCAGCGUCUUGUGACCUUGCAAAACCACACAGAUGGUGUUACAUGUUUGCACUUCAAUGACAGCGUUAUUGUAUCUGGUUCUUACGAUCAGACAGUGAAAUUAUGGGACUUCACAGUGUGCUGACUCUCUCUGGGCUGACAAGUCUUUUCCACCCUGCAUGGAGCGCAUGAUUGAAAAGCUCAUUUUGUUGGUUGUAGAGCACUACCAAUGCACUCUGUCAGAUUAGGUAAAGCAGGAGCUCUUAAGAAAAGCUGUAAUGCAUCUAGUCUUAUGCAAACACUCAGUCUGUCUCUAAGCAGGGCCCUAAAAACAAAAUGUCCUUUCUAGUCUCGCAUGUGGUUGUACACACAUUCUGGACAUGAUUUAUUCCUAAGGAUUGGACGUAAAUUGUUCUGGCACUCGCUAUGGCCAAUAAGCAUGGUUCAUUGAAAGCAUGGUACAUUCCAAGAGAUGCAUUGUACAUAUAGCUUGUGGUCACAUGGUAUUCCCAGGACAUCUCACAGGAUAGUUAUAUGAAGGGUCUUUUUCAAAAUUUCCAGUCCGUGGGUCAGAACAUGUCGCUUGAUCUGCUGGCUCUGCUGGCAGUAUAUAGUAUCACCCUGCCUAUGCUUGCAAGUGCAGCACAGUAUUGGACAUAUUUAAAAAUAUGUACGCAGAAAAUUGUUCAAUUGCAGCGAUACAAGCUUAUAUUUUGUGCUAUUUUAUUGAACAACUGUAAAUUUGCCAACAUGCCUGGAGUGAAAGAAGUCUCUAAGUACCACAUGAUGCUUCCUGCAUGCUAUAUUGGCUAAGGGUAAUUAAGUGAUAAAUUGGCAAUCUUCGUGACAGCUUCUUACAAUCAAAUAUUGCAGACAUCUGCACAGUUUCUGGCCACAGUGGGAGCUGAUAGCAGUCUGUGUGUCACAAUGGUGUUGAAUGAUUCUCGCACCACUUAUUCUUGUUUCACAUCUGAAUUAUACGCUAGUCACCUAACAGCCAGCUUAUCUGAAAUGCUUGCAACAAACAUCGACACCACAGGAUUGGAGAUUGUUUGAAAGGCAGUUUAAAAAAUAGCCACACUCUCUUUUUUUUUUUUUUUUUUUUCACAUUUUGUACCUUUUGGUAGUGAAUACUUUUGGUAAUUAGUAGUAAGGAGUCUGAGGAACUACUACUACUUUACUUGAAAAGCAAAUUAAUGUGGGAACCUGUUUUCUAACUUCUCUGGGGGAAGUCCUUGCAUGCUGCAUAGCCCAGGAUAUGGAUGCAGUAACUAAAGUUUUGCUGUAUCCAUAAUGUGUGGGCCAAGUUCUGGCAGUAGUGUACAUAAAGUAAGUUGAAAGGAUAAUUCUAUUAUAGGCGAGUAAUUACUUUGCAUUUACGAGGCAUUUAGAAGCACCGAAAUUGUGUUCUAUCCAACAUUGAAUGUGCAAAGUACAUGAAACUCCUGCUUAGGAAAGACAGUGCUAUGCCCAUUUUGCAGCUAUAUUUAAUGCUAAGUGUCUUGUGCUGUCAUCGUAAAUACCAACACCAAAGUCUUGUCCACCUCGGGGAACAGCAAUACGAGCCUCAUUUACAUGUACGUGUUGUAAACCAUAUUGUGUGCGUUAUAAGCAGAAGGCUACACGACUACAGGUAGACAUCUACAGUCAGUCCACCAACAUCUAGCAUAUUUUUUGCUCGGACCUCACCUUCGCCAUACUUGCAUUUUAUUCUAGGUGCUGCAUUUAGAGCAACGUUGUGAUUUACCACUGCACGGUUUUGUCUUUAGCCAUUUUUGCUUAAUUUUAAUUCAUUCCAGAGUCUCGUUGUUUUGUGAAUUUACGCACAUGAGAGCAAAAAGGAGGUGCGAUUGAACUCUUUUUACAGGGUCAUUUUCUUGCAGCCAAUUUUUAUCCCAUCUGCAGCCGUCCACAUGUCCAGCUCUUGUCCUCCAAAGUACUUUUUCUGCCCCUCUUGCCACUUCGUUUUGUACUGCUCUUUUGAAAGGAAUAAACUUUUUUCCAUGCUG